UGUAUCCAAAAAGAAAAAUUAUUUUAAAAAUUCAAAAAAAAAUUUAAAAAUGAAAGCCCUCAUUAAAGCUAUUAUUUUUUCUCUAUUUUUUGUUUCAAUUAAAACGGCAGACGAACAAACUUGUUUAAGUUGUAUUUGUAAGCAUGAAUCUUUUGGAUGUACACCUCGUCCUUGUGCAUGGGAUGAUGAUGCUGUUAGUUGUGGAUACUUUCAAAUUAAACAUGUUUAUUAUCUCGAUUGCGGCACUCCUGGCCUAAGAAGUGGAGAAAGUACAGAGGAUGGGUGGAAACGAUGUGCUCUAGAUUAUGGUUGUUCUGUUCAAUGCAUUAGGGCUUAUAUUAACCGAUAUGCAAGUCAGUGUAAUAGACCAAUUAGUGAUUGUGAGAGAAUGUCACGUCUUCAUAAUGGAGGGCCAAAUGGAUGUUCUUUAGCUAGAACUGAUGUUUAUUGGAAUGCUGUUAAACAAUGUGCUGGAGGAAAAUAA